AUGGCCAAUAAACCAAAAGUUUUGAUUACACGACCGGAUAUUCCUGGUAAAGGAUUAAAUCUUCUCCACGAACAAUGUGAUGUUAUCUUAUGGAACAAGCAAACUCCUAUUCCUCGCUCAGAAUUAUUAUCGAAAGUGUUUGGAGUAUCUGCUAUAUUUUGUACAUUGACUGAUAAAAUAGAUGAAGAAAUAUUAAAUGCAGCAGGAGAACAAUUACAAGUAGUUGCUACAAUGUCAGUUGGUACAGAUCAUUUAGAUUUAAAAGCAUUAAAAAAUAAGAAUAUUAAAGUUGGAUAUACACCGGACAUAUUAACUAAUGCUACAGCUGAAUUAAUUGUAGGAUUGCUCUUAGCAACUUCCAGAAGAUUAUUGGAAGCAAAUAAAGCAAUCUAUAGAGGUGAAUGGAAAGCUUGGGCACCAACAUGGAUGUGUGGUACAGGAUUAUCAAAAUCAACUGUUGGUAUUGUUGGACUUGGUCGCAUUGGAUGUAAAGUAGCUGAGUGUUUAAAACCUUUUGAUGUAUCUAGAAUUUUAUAUACGAGUAGAACUGUAAAACAAGAUGCUUCUAAAUUUAAUGGAGAAAAAGUUGAAUUAGAUAAGUUACUCGAAGAAAGUGACUUUGUUAUAGUUACCAUAGCUUUAACACCAGACACAAGAGAAUUAUUUAAUACUCAAGCAUUUGAAAAAAUGAAGAGAUCUGCCAUAUUUAUUAAUGCUAGUCGUGGAGAAGUUAUCAACCAAAAAUCAUUAAUAGAAGCUCUAAAAAAGGGUACCAUUAAAGCUGCUGGUUUGGAUGUCAUGACACCUGAGCCCAUUCCAUUGGAUAAUGAACUUUUAAAAUUAGAUAACUGCGUGGUUUUACCUCAUAUUGGAAGUGCUACUAUCGAAACAAGAGAAGAAAUGGCAAAAAUUACAGCAGAAAAUAUAUUAGCCGUUUUAAAAGGCGAUAAAAUGCCUGCACCACUUAAUCUAUAA